AAAAUAUAUUUGUAGGGAUUGUGUUUCCUCUGCGAGAACUACGCGACGGCAGAAAUGGCGACGAUGGAUUCUGAUGUCCCGAUGGUACCCGCCGGAGAAGACUCAAAUACUGCCUCCGCUUCCUUGCCGUCUUCUUCAACCAAGAAACCCAAAAGAUUCGAGAUCAAGAAGUGGAACGCCGUCGCCCUCUGGGCCUGGGAUAUCGUCGUGGAUAACUGUGCGAUCUGCAGGAAUCAUAUCAUGGAUCUAUGCAUCGAGUGCCAGGCGAAUCAGGCAAGCGCGACGAGUGAAGAGUGUACUGUUGCUUGGGGGGUUUGCAACCAUGCUUUUCAUUUUCACUGCAUUAGCCGUUGGCUCAAGACCCGUCAAGUUUGCCCCUUGGAUAACAGUGAGUGGGAGUUUCAGAAGUACGGGCAUUAGUCACCCAAACCACAAAGAAGGGAUCUGGAUUGGCAUGAUGAGUAUAAAUCGGCAUUCAAAUCUGGGUGAUGAUAAUUGGGGACUGUGAAUUCGAGACGACGUAAAAAGGUAAGCAGGCAUGUCUGAGUCUGUCUUGCAGUUUUUAGGGCAAUGGAAAUGGAAUGUAUGGGUGUGGUUUGGAACACUAAGAUCUGCAGCAAAAAUAACAUUGUUAAAACAAGUGGGACGUGAACUAUGUUUUGACGAAGUUACACUCUCGGGGGCUUUGUCACAAAACGAAACUAGAGUCCUGCAAUGAAACGAACAGAGAAUAUGAACAUGAUUGAUCCCA